GUCACGGCACGCCCCUAGUGGACAGUGUUUACAAACACAUCAAGUAACACAGCGUUAUUUUCAGAAACAAUGCUAUUCCUAUUUGUGACGUAAUCUUUACUUCGGAAGUGGAAGUGACGUAAAACAUCAUUUCGUUCAAUUAAAUAAGCUCCUGUUAUUUAAUCGUAAAAUGAAUGAAAGUAAAACAUUUUUUAAUAUUUUUCUUGUUCUUUUCUGGAAUGAGAUUACGGAUUUAGAAAAUUGAUUAUAUUAGAUUCAGAUUAUAUCAGCCGCGUUUUUCCCCGCCAAUCAGAUGACGUCACGGAGUGGACCACGUGUUGCUGUCAUCGGAUGAAACGUGUGUUGAUAUACGAAUGGCAGUUUCGUUUUCGGUGUUCCGACACGCCCGUUCAUAUUUACGUUGUUUUCGUGUAUUGGAUGUGAGUUAGGAAUUUCUCGUAAUAACCAAUGGUUAUCUUUGUUCGCCCUGUCAUUAUAAAUGCAGAUAUAGAAGUGGUGUUUGGUAGCGGUUUUAGUUUAGCUUUAUUUUCUCUAUAUAAAGGGAAGAAGAAAUGUCCAAUUAUUUCUCAUCUGGCCGGUCUAUCACGAACACCGAAUAAGAUAUCCAGAACUCUGCAUAGAUCAUCAGUUGGUUCAUAUAGAAGAAUUUAGUCAUAACUUACAGAGGGAAGACGAAAAUUGAAGUUUUAUAAAUUUAUUGAACGAAAGAAGCUGACCGAAAAUGACGUAUAGUAACCGUCAUAGAAUUAGGUCAAGUUUAAAACAGCAAAGAAAGCAGAGAAAUUAUGGAAUGAAGAAAAAGUCAUUUUUAUUUUACGUAAAUGAAAUUUUACGAGAUGAAGUAAAACUAAAUGGUCAAGAAGAAAAUGUUGAAGUAUUGAGAAAUACUUUAAAUUGGCUUAUUACAGAAAUGAAAAAAUAUUCACCUCUUUUUACUAUACUGUAUAAAGACUUAUACUAUACUGGAAGUUAUUAUGAAAACUUACGAGUGAAAAAUGCCACCGAAUUUGAUAUUAAUAUACUUUUGCACUUCCCUUUUGAAAAUUUUAAUUUACAGAUUGAACCUGAUACAGAGCCUAAGGGGUUUGCUAGAUGUCGUUUUGAUGGUGUUAAAUUAGAUGAACUUACAUUAACUAAAAAUGUAUGUAGUGAAGUCUAUGCUAUGUUUCACGGACAUUAUUUAUUACCUGAAAAAAUUAAAAGUUGGUUGCAAAAAAUAAUUUGCAAUAUAACUGAAAAAACUGAAUAUAAUAUUGAAGGAGUUAAAAAAAUAAUUACUCGCAGAAAUGGACCUGCAAUGACAAUUCAGAUACAUUGCGAAAAAGUAAUUAUUGAUGUUGAUUUAGUUCCUGUAAUAGAGUUUCCAAAUUGGCCAAGUGAUGCAAGCUGUAGUUUUCUGGAAGAUAUUCCUGAGAAAGUAUGUGAUAUUGAAAUAAAUUUUUUAAAAAAUUAUAUAUAUUUUACUGGAAAAAUUUUGAAAAGUAUUAUAAUAUUUUACAUAAUAAAAAUUUAAUCACUAUUAAAUUUGUAGAAUGAAUGAUCACCUGAAUUGAUAUUUACAUAUUCCAAAUUUUAUUAACUAUAUAUAUUGUACACUGUAUAUUAUGAGAGCAUGUUUUGUACACAGCUAUAGUCAGUAUGUGAUCAAGAGUGAGACAUAAACGACAAAAAGGAAAGGGCAUGGAGUUGUCUGACUAGGUUAAGGGGAAAGUUGAUCUGGACUGCCACCUGGCAGUGGUCUACACACACAACAAUCAUGGUACAUGAUAAUUUAAUAUUUCAAUUGUAUUGCAAUUAUUUAAUGAAUGUAUUUACAGUUAUA